UACUCGUCGUGCGUCGGACUUUCCGUUAGUUUCAGAGAGCGGAGCAUCAUGUCGAGGAGGGAAAAAUCCGUCUGCAGUUCAAAAACGGAGAGCUGUCCCGGUCCGCUGAGCCGAAAACAUGGGAGCAAGCGCGUCAAUGUCGCUCUGUAGCGACCCUUCUUCAGUGAGAAUCCUGAGGCCCGUCGCUAAGGUCAGCCCAGAGCCCAUCGCUCCCACCUCGGCUUCAGAGCCUGAACUGGCGCCCAGAUGUGUGUUUGGUGUUGCCUUGGAAACCCUAAGAGAGAAUGGACAGAUGGUCUGUGGGAUACCCCUCGUGUUAAGAGACAUGGUGGUGUUCCUCCAUAAUAAUGGAAUGCACCACAGAGGUCUGUUUCGCCUGUGUGGGUCUGUGGUUCGGACCAGGCAGCUGAGGCAGCGGUGGGACUGUGGAGAGAGAUUGGACCUGGAGCAUGACGGUGACGUCCCCACUGUGGCCUCCCUCCUCAAACUCUUCCUUCGGGAGCUGCCUGUCCCCGUAGUUCCCGAACCUCAGCGCAAACAGCUGAUUUUGAGCCUAACAGGAUAUACAGAUGAGACGGAGGUGAACCAAAGUCUGAGGGAAAACCUUUGCUGCCUCCCAGAUGACAACCUCAUUAUUUUGUCUUACCUCAUCCACUUUCUGUCCAGAGUAGCGGCUCACAGCCAAUCAAACCACAUGCCCGUGGAAAAUCUGGCAACCAUCUUUGGACCUUGUAUAUUCCAUGUUCCAGCAGGACCCAGGAUGCUGGAGGAGCAGAGCGUGUGUAAUGCCCUGUUGCUACAACUUCUCAGGCAUCACAAGGUUCUCUUUCAAGCAACAACUGAAGACUCAGUAGUUUCUUCUAUGGCCUCCUCCUCACCUCCUCCUCCUACCCUCUCUGCUCUUUCACACUUUGAGGUCCGACCCAGCAGCUGUCACUCAGAGCUGAGCAGUGUGGGGAGGUCGGAGGGAGAGGCUGCCUCAUUCUCAACAACCAGAGCUUUUAACCAAACCAUAGGGAAGCUGUCUCAUCUCAACAGACCUGACACACUGGUGCAGGGUUGUGAAACCAGCUCUGACGUCAGCGCUGACAUUCAGAAGCUGAUUGCAGACCAGGAGGCUCUGGAGGAGAGCAGUGAAAGUGUGGAGGCAGGCGGUGUGCUUUCCUGCCCCACUGACCCAGGAACAGACCAAGAUCCACAGAGCAGCCCAUUUCAAAGCUUCCAGGGGGAGCCGCCGAAGAUGGAGUGUACCACGCAAGGCACCAGGACCUUCUCACAGAUGUCACAACUCACCUCCAUGUCAAAGAAGAAAGAGGAGGAAGAAGUGAACAAAACAGAGGAUAGAAGGACAGCAUAUCCAUCUAUCAAAGACAACUGCUCUACGGCUUCCACGGGGCAGAAUUCAUCUAUUUCAGACUGCUGCAAAGUGAAUGAAUCACAGCUCAAAACCCAAACAGACACUCAGCACACAGAGAGCCGGCUGUGCUGUAUGAAGCAGCAGGACCAGACGGAGGACAAAUCCACAGUGUCUGAGUGGAAGGGAAGGAAAGGAGCAGGAGGAGGAUGUGGUGUUUCUCCUGACAGACACUGUGAUUGCAGAGGCAGGAACAACUGCUCUGACAGCCCCUCCCUCAAGCUACAAGCCCUGGAGGCUGACCCGGGCCCCCCUCCAGCACCAGGAGACCCCCAAGCUCAGGAUAACCUACCCGCUCAGCAGCAACCCUUUCCUACUGAAGCAGAGAGCUUUUAUUUGACCCAAAAGCAGCUCCUUCACUCGCCACCGUCACCACCUGUUCAGGAUCAGCACACAGUAAACUCAUCGCAGCCUGUGCACAUCCCAUCCCCACAUUUGUCCAGUCCUGUCCCCUCUACUGCCACUUAUUCUGAGGGCCUUUCAGGAGAGGACACCCUUCCGAGCCCACCAGGCUCCAACGCCAGCCCGCUUCUCUCUCGUUUUACGACGAACGAUUGCCCCGUUCCCUCACCGCGUUGCCCCAACCUCAGCCACAGCCUACGCUACAACCUGGACCCCGAUACAGCUCCGUCCCCACCGUGCUCACAGCACAUACGCAUGGCCCGCUGCGGUGUCCAUACGGAGCUAGACGAGGGCUCUGUGUCCGUCUCAAUGCUCAACAGACACAUCCACACACUGAGGAAGAAGAUCAGGCGGUUUGAGGAACGCUUUGAACAGGAGAAGCACUAUAAACCGGCCCACAAUGACAAGACAGCACAUCCAGAAGUGGCCAGACUGAUGAAGGAGCUCAUCAAGAGUCGCAAGCAGCUGAAAGAGAUGAAGCUGAGACAGUCAGAAGAAUCAGGACUGAGAGGACAGGGAGGUUUCAACCCCGUAGCUGAAACAUGCAGGACCAAUAUGGACCAGAGGGAGGCAGUACCGACAGGGACGGAGCUGCAGCAACUUAACAACAACAGCAACACCAAACCAAAUGUGGAAGAAACAGUCAACAUUAUAACCAACAGGUUGAAGGAGAGGCGGCGAGAGCUGGGCCUGCCUGACAGCAUCAAGGAGAUGUCCCAUUUCCAGAUGAGCAUGGAGAAGACCAUCAUGCAGAAGUGUCUGCUGUACUUUGAGGGUCUGCAUGGACGACCAAGUACGAGGCAGGAGCGAACCCUGAUGAAACCUUUCUACGAUCAGUACCGUCUUCUCAAGCAGCUGCUGUCGUCUGCAGCCACAGCAGUCAUUACGACCAUCGAGGAAGAGGAGGGCUCUGAUGAAGAGCGUCCCAAACAACGAAGCCCCAGGCACCAGCCGCUUUGGAUAAACUCUUCCCGGUGUAUGUCCCCAGAGGAGUCCAAGUGUCGGCCUUCUCUAGAAACGUCUGAAAUGCCUCUGGUGUCUCCACUGGAAGAGGUGAAAGGUCUCCAUUCGCAGAUCAUCACCAUGGCAACCCUGCACGAAGCUUCAAGAUCAGAAUUACUGGAUCAUCUCAGGAUGGCUCGAGCAGAGAAGCGGAGACUUCACCAAGCACUCCGAGACUUUGAAGACAAUUUCUACACACAGACUGGCAGGGCUUGUCAGAAAGAGGACCGUGGACCAAUGGCGGAGGAGUACUGCCAGUACAAGAACCUCAAAGCGAAGCUCCGGCUACUGGAGGUCCUGCUCAGUAAACAACAGGACUCAACCAAGACAAGUUGAGUUGCUCACAGUGGGACUUUUCUUUAACUUAACAGGACUCGAUCGUUUUUGAAAAAAAUUAGGUCAUGAAGCCGGUGAGUCUGGUCUCGUUUCAUGCCAUGCUCAAUAUGGAGAUGCACUUUACAUGAAGAAAACUGAUGGAAAUUGGUGACAGUUGGAAUAAAAUGCUGUUUUUUUUUUUUUUUUUUUUUUUUUUAAGUCCCAAAAACACUUCCUUUAUCAUUCAUGACACGUCUGAAUAUUAUAAACCUGAUGUAGCAAGUGUACGUUAUGUAGCACAAAUCUAUGUCAAAGAUGAAGCGCUGUAACGACUUAGUGUUAGUUACAUUUGAGUCAUUUUAGGAUUUACUUUAUGUAUAAUAUGGCACUUUGUUACUCACUUUUUUUUUCCCUUGCCAAAAUACUGUUUUUGGACAACUUUGUCCAGCGUUAAUGUGGAAACUGCAUUUUUUUAAAAAGUGCUAUCUUGGCAAAAAAAAAAAAAUGUGUAAGCUUAAAUGCAAUCAGUGAGACAAUCCUGCAGUGUUUGUGCAUGUCAGAUAUUUUUAGUCCUACAUUGUGCUAUGAUAUGCAUUAAGAAUUUCAUAAGUGAUCUAAAUUGUGACCCUUAACAUGUUCACCUUGGAAAAUAUGUGAAUGUCGGUGAACUUAGGCAUCGUAGUGCAAAUGAUGAUCUGCUGUCAAAUUUGUGUUUAUCCCCGCCCCCUUUUUGCCUGUAUGAAGUUAAUCCCCCCUAAAUGCCGUUGUUGACAAUGAUCAGAGCUUUUGACAUUGUGCACUUCUGGUUUAUAUAGUUUUCUAUCUAUAUAUAUCUAUAUAUAUAUAUGAAUGUAUCAAUAAAAAUAAAUAUUUUUUCACAUUUA